GGAAUCACCAUUUAUAUAUGUUGAAGGGAGGAAGAAGGAGACAAAGACGACCCCAACAUCUAUCACCUUCUCUAUAGAUAGAUCUCAGAAUCUCUCCUUUUUUGUUCGCUUUUCUCUUUAUUUGGCCAUUCCUGUCUUCCACUUUGUCAUCUUUUCCCUUUUCUGAUGGGAUCCGCCGCCGAACUCACGGAGCCCACCACCGGGACCGAGAAGCACCAGCAGCCUAUAGGAGUGGAAGAAGAAGACGAACAAAUUGUCGACUUGGAGAGGAAAACAUUUCGUCAUGGAAAGAGACACGAUACUAGUUUAGACAGUAGUACAAUCACCAGUACCACCAACACCAGCUCGGCCUCUUCUAGCUUUUCCGGUGAUGGUACGGAAGAGACUCCCGAUUUCCACAGCAACGGCCAAGGAGAACAUACCGCACUAGUUAAUUUGGAGCUAGAAACUGAAGUCGGACUUCACGAAGAGCAUAACGGCGGGAACAAUUGCAUCGUCUUCUUCGACGAAGAACAAGGAUUUUGGAUAUGUCGCCACUGCGAUUGGACCUACAAAGAGGGAUCUUUGUUAUGCAAAGGUUCUGAGUCAGCUGGUGCAGAACAUGAUGCUCAUGAAUCUCAAACUGCUGACUUGAAUGGGGAGGAAAAGCAGUUAGAACCUGAAAACGAUUCAACUUCUGAGGAUAACAAAAGCUCUCGUGAAAUCGAAGAAGUACAGGAUGGUGAUGUCUCUAAAGACCGGGAUGCUGUUGAUCAACCUGCUGGUGAUGUGAUAGAGGAGGAGGUGGACAUCGAAGAUGUUGAAGAUUUUGAUGUGGAGAAUGUGCUGGAUAAGCAAGAGACACAUGAUUUGUUCUGUCCAAACUGCGAUUCUUGCAUCACCAAAAGAGUUGUCCUCAAAAGAAGAAAACGGAGGGUCUGCCAUGAGCUGGGAGAUUCAAAGCGCGUGAGAGGGCCUCAUUGGACUGAGCCUCUUCUUCAUUCGGAAGACAAUGUGCUAUCUCUAGGUGGUGGUGAAAACUCUGCAAAUGAAUCAUUUCUGUUCAAGUGCUUGUCAUGCUUUACCAUAUUUAUUCCCAAAGGGGUGGCUUCAAAGCCGAUUCCUCCCCGUGAAGGUGUCGAGGGGUUAAAAAUUCAGCCAAACCCUCAAGAGGAAGCUACAGGCGAUUCCAAUUGGUUCAAUUCAAUAUUCGGCUUUAACAAAAAAGAAUCAGCUGUUCAGCAAGGUGGGGCAUCAUCUAGUGUCCCGGUAGCUAAUCCGCCUCGUGAGUCUAGUGUCCCAGUAGUUAAUCCACCGCGUGGUAACCUAAGUCCUUUGGGAAAGGAUACGAUAGGCUCUACUUCAAAUAACCCAUCAAAAGCCCCAGCCGUUGUUCAGCGUGAUGCAGCCACUUCGAUUCAAGAUGGAUCAGAGAUCAGUGCUUUUCAAGAUAUAAAGCCUGUUGACACCCCUUCGAUUCAAGUUGCAAAAUCAAACGAUACAAGCAAAGUUGUCAACAAUGGAGUGAUUGUUGAAGACGGGCAAAAGUUUCUGGCUCCUACGGCGGAGGAGCAAACACAGCAAAAGAUUGACAAUGAUGAUUCUAGUCCAGCAGACGGGAAGCACACGUCAGACAAAGGACGUCUCUCCCCAAUUCAACCAUCUCAUGGCAUGAGUAUAUUAAACACAGUGACUAACAGACCCGGCGGAUUUAGAGUAGAAACUACAUUUCACGAAGAAGGUGCCCCUCUUCUGUUUGAAGGAAAAGACACUUCUGACACAAGAAAGCCAGAUUUUGGUCUGACCAAAAUAACAGGUGUGAUGGACACAGGUGACAGAGGAGUUAUCACCAGUCCAGCAAAUCCUGAAAUUGAUAUUUCACCAGGGAAUUUGCUGGAAGAAGGGUCUCUAAGAGAACCGUUAAUGAGACGAGUCGUUGUUCAAGGACGUAAACUGGAAAUCUUGAAAAGCAUUGUCUACGGAGGUCUACUAGAAGCCAUCACAAGCCUUGGUGUUAUUUCAUCCGCCGCUGGUUCUGGUGCUUCAAUGUUGAAUAUUCUGGUCUUGGGACUUGCAAAUUUGAUUGGCGGGCUUAUUCUCAUUGUUCAUAAUCUCCAAGAACUUAGAGAGGAGGAACCCAUAAGAACAACAACAGAGGAUAACCAGACUAACGGUCGAGAAGAAGAAGAAGGUCGGUAUAAGCGACUCCUUGGCAGAAGAGAAAAUUUCACGCUUCACGCAACAGUCGCAAUCUUAUCCUUCAUAAUCGUCGGAAUACUCCCUCCUGUAGUCUACUAUUUCUCAUUCAGCGAAAAACACAACAAAGACUACAAAGUGGCAUCAGUUUUCGGGGCAUCUCUAUCCUGCAUAGUCUUGCUCGCCAUAGCCAAAGCUCAUGUGAAGUACCCGAGAGGCAGCUACCUGAAGAGCAUUCUGUACUACGCGACAAUCGCUGUAUCUGUGUCGGGGAUUUCUUACGUGGUUGGUAACUUUCUGGAACAUUUGCUUAGGAAGUAUGGAUGGUCUGAUGGAUCAGAAACUCCGGUGGGACAGAUGAUGCUUUCAUCACUUAUGGGAAGAAAAGCCGGCUUAGGAUACUCAUCAUCGUACUGAAACUGAAUCUUGUCUGGAGAAGGAUCCAACCUCUUGCUGCUUUUCUCUUUCACUCUGCUUUUGUGAGCCCUCGUUAGACUUUUGUUGAUGCCAAAUCUUUGUUGUGAGUGUAGAAAUCGUUUCCACUUGUAGAAAACUAAUAAGCAGAAAAUAAUAAAUGAUGGACGACCUGUUGUUCCUUCUAAUAA